CAAGCAAGCCAUGGCUUCAGUCUCUCUCCAUGAGUUCCCUGACCAGAUUUGUUCCAUCUGCAAGCAAUGCUUCGAUGAUCCUGUGACUAUUGACUGCGGGCACAAUUUCUGCCAAGCCUGUCUCCCCUCGCUGCCUCACUGGGGAGAGCCCAACAGAGACCCUUCCUGCCUGCUGUGUGGCGAAACCGUCCAUCAAAGGAACUUCAAGCCCAACCAGCAACUGGCCAACCUUGUACAGCUGGUCAGGAAACUUCAGGAGGGGGCGAAAAGAGAUGCCGAAAGGAAGGAAGUGAGCAAGAGUCACCAAGAUCCCCUGAGGCUCUCCUGCAAGGAGGAUCGAGCCCCCAUCUGCACCGUGUCCAAAUGCAGCAAGGAGGACAAAAUCCAGGAUGUGGUUCCUGCAGAAGUGGCCGCUCAAGGGUCCAAGGUGACCCAAGCUGCACCUCCUAACAUCAAUGCCACGAAGACCCCAGUUGUGGGCUCACCAACCACAAAUGAGGAAGAGGAAACCACUUGCUCCAUCUGCAGGGAGUAUCUUACAGACCCUGUGGUGCUGGACUGCGGCCACAACUUCUGCCGGGGGUGCAUCACCUGCUAUUGUAAGAUAUUGGAAAAUCAGGAUGGGGGAGUGUUGAAGUGUCCUCUUUGCAAAUCCCGGAUCCAGAAGUGGAAUUUUCGAUCCAAUUUGCAGCUGGCAGAAACAGUAGAAGGUCUCAAACUCCUUCCACUGAAAUUAUAUAAGGAAAGAACCCAGAGCCAGCUGAAGUCUUUGGAGAAAGAAAAGCAAAACCUUGUCAAUCAGCAACAGUCUGUAGAAGAGGAAAAGGAGAAAUGUCUGAAACAGUUAAACAAAGAAAAGCAGAAAAUCAAAGACGCCUUUGAGAAGAUGCAAAAUUCUCUGGAGGAAAAAGAGAGUUCCUCGCUGGCCCGCCUGAGAAACCUAGAAAAGGAGAUUAAGAAGAAGGUGGCGGAAAAUGGCAACAGACUCUCGGAGGACAUUUCUUACCUCACGAAAUUGAUCGCUGAGCUGGAGGAGAAGUGUGAGCAGCCUCCGCAACUGUUCCUUCAGGACAUCGAAAGUAUCUUGCUCAGGGAGAAACGAGUGGAGCAUUCAGCAGACCUUUCCACCUGGUUGGAGGAGAGACUCAAGAUCUGUUGUCAGAAAAAUUCAAUGCUAAUAAACGCUAUGGUGAAAUGUGCAGAUUCCCUGGAGGAAGCACUGAAGAAAGAAGGUUUGAAUAAAUUUCUCACUCACAAUACAGCGCCUCUGGAGCAAAAACUGGAGAAAGUGAGCGUGACUCUGGAUCCACAAACGGCACACCCUCUGCUUGCGCUGUCUGCCGAUCUGAAGAGCGUGAAGGUUGGGGAAGUGUCUGACGACCAGGCCGAGGACACGGACGAACUGAUCUGCAUACCCUACGUGCUGGGCCGCGAGAAGUUCACGUCCGGGAGACAUUGGUGGGAGGUCGAGCUAGAUUUAAAUGAAGAAGACAAGGAAUACAUGGAUCAGGAGUGCUUGUGGAUCGUAGGGGCGGCACGAGAGUCCUUCCAGAGAAAUAAAGGUUUCAACCUGAGCCCUAAAGCUGGGGUCUGGGCUGUGGGGGUGAGCCCCUUUUCCAAAAAGCUCACUGCUUUCACUUCCCGCAAGCCAAGCCAUUCACACUUGGCACAUCAGGUGAGGAAGAUCCGAGUAUCCCUGGAUUACAAGGCACGCCAGGUGGAGUUUUUUGAUGCCGAUACAGAUGCCUCCAUUUUCACUUUUUCGGCAGCUUCGUUUGCUGGGGAGGCCAUUCGUCCCUUUUUUUGUCUGGGGGGAGAAGGACUUGAAUUGAAGUGUGGAAACUGAGCAGAAUAUUCACCAGCCCUGGUCUUUCCCUGAAAACAGAUAGCUAGUGAAAGCUUUCCUUCUGGUGCAAAUGGCAGCUGUGGGGGUGUAUUAGGGCUGUAUUAAUGGAAGCUUUCCUUCUGGUGCAAAUAGCAGCUUGGGGGUGUAUUAAGGCUGUAUUAGUGGAAGCUUUCCUUCUGGUGCAAAUAGCAGCUGUGGGGGUGUAUUAGGGCUGUAUUAAAGGAAGCUUUCCUUCUGGUGCAAAUAGCAGCUGUGGGGGUGUAUUAGGGCUGUGCUAAUGGAAGCUUUCCUUCUGGUGCAAAUGGCAGCUGUGGGGGUGUAUUAGGGCUGUAUUAAUGGAAGCUUUCCUUCUGGUGCAAAUAGCAGCUUGGGGGUGUAUUAGGGCUGUAUUAGUGGAAGCUUUCCUUCUGGUGCAAAUAGCAGCUGUGGGGGUGUAUUAGGGCUGUGUUAAAGGAAGCUUUCCUUCUGGUGCAAAUAGCAGCUGUGGGGGUGUAUUAGGGCUGUAUUAAUGGAAGCUUUCCUUCUGGUACAAAUAGCAGCUUGGGGGUGUAUUAGGGCUGUAUUAGUGGAAGCUUUCCUUCUGGUGCAAAUAGCAGCUGUGGGGGGUGUAUUAGGGCUGUGCUAAUGGAAGCUUUCCUUCUGGCGCAAAUAGCAACUGG